AGUGCCGCGGAGGCUGCGGCGGCGGACGGCCCAGCUUGAGCUCGAGGGUCUUGGGGGCGCGCCGGGAUCGGGGUGCAGAGCCUGGGAGCCCCCCGAGCCGGGAGGCAGCGCAGCCGAGGCCGCCGGAGGAGCGCGGGCGGCCCGGCGGCGGCGCGAUGCCGCUCGCCCAGCUCAAGGAGCCCUGGCCGCAUAUGGAGCUGGUGCCGCUGGACCCGGAGAAUGGACAGGCAUCAGGAGAAGAAGCUGGACUUCAGCCAUCCAAGGAUGAGGGCGUCCUCAAGGAGAUCUCCAUCACGCACCAUGUCAAGGCAGGCUCCGAGAAAGCAGAUCCAUCUCAUUUCGAGCUCCUCAAGGUUCUGGGCCAAGGAUCCUUUGGCAAAGUCUUCCUGGUGCGGAAGGUCACUCGGCCUGACAAUGGGCAUCUGUAUGCCAUGAAGGUACUGAAGAAGGCAACAUUGAAAGUGCGUGACCGCGUUCGGACCAAGAUGGAGAGAGACAUCCUAGCUGAUGUCAACCAUCCAUUUGUGGUGAAGCUACAUUAUGCCUUCCAGACAGAGGGCAAGCUCUAUCUCAUUCUGGACUUCCUACGUGGUGGUGACCUCUUCACUCGGCUCUCAAAAGAGGUUAUGUUCACGGAAGAGGAUGUGAAGUUUUACCUGGCAGAGCUAGCUCUGGGCCUGGACCACUUGCACAGCCUGGGCAUCAUUUACAGAGACCUCAAGCCUGAGAACAUCCUUCUGGAUGAGGAGGGCCACAUCAAACUCACUGACUUUGGCCUGAGCAAGGAGGCCAUUGAUCACGAGAAGAAAGCCUACUCGUUCUGCGGGACCGUGGAAUACAUGGCUCCGGAGGUUGUCAACCGCCAGGGCCACACCCACAGUGCAGAUUGGUGGUCCUAUGGUGUGUUAAUGUUUGAGAUGCUGACGGGCUCCCUGCCCUUCCAGGGGAAGGACCGAAAGGAAACCAUGACCUUGAUUUUGAAGGCGAAGCUAGGCAUGCCCCAGUUUCUGAGCACGGAAGCCCAGAGCCUCCUGCGGGCCCUGUUCAAGAGGAACCCUGCCAACCGGCUCGGUUCUGGCCCCGAUGGGGCAGAAGAAAUCAAGCGGCACAUCUUCUACUCCACCAUUGACUGGAACAAGCUCUACCGUCGCGAGAUCAAGCCACCCUUCAAGCCCGCUGUAGCUCAGCCCGACGACACCUUCUACUUUGACACUGAGUUUACAUCCCGCACACCAAGAGAUUCCCCAGGCAUCCCCCCCAGCGCUGGAGCCCAUCAGCUAUUCCGUGGCUUCAGCUUCGUGGCCACUGGCCUCAUGGAGGAUGAUGGGAAGCCUCGGACCACACAGGCGCCCUUGAACUCAGUGGUACAGCAACUCCAUGGGAAGAACCUGGUGUUUAGUGAUGGCUACGUGGUAAAGGAGACGAUCGGUGUAGGCUCCUACUCUGUGUGCAAGCGCUGUGUCCACAAGGCCACCAACAUGGAGUACGCUGUCAAGGUCAUCGACAAGAGCAAGCGGGAUCCUUCAGAAGAGAUUGAGAUUCUUCUGCGGUAUGGGCAGCACCCCAACAUCAUCACCCUGAAAGAUGUGUACGAUGAUGGCAAACACGUGUACCUGGUGACAGAACUGAUGCGGGGCGGGGAGCUGCUAGACAAGAUCCUGCGGCAGAAGUUCUUCUCGGAGCGGGAGGCCAGCUUCGUCCUGCACACCAUCAGCAAGACUGUGGAGUAUCUGCACUCACAGGGGGUUGUCCACAGGGACCUCAAGCCCAGCAACAUCCUAUACGUGGACGAGUCUGGGAACCCCGAGUGCCUGCGCAUCUGUGACUUCGGCUUCGCCAAGCAGCUGCGGGCUGAGAACGGGCUCCUCAUGACGCCUUGCUACACAGCCAACUUCGUGGCACCGGAGGUGCUGAAACGCCAGGGCUACGAUGAGGGCUGUGACAUCUGGAGCCUGGGCAUCCUACUGUAUACCAUGCUGGCCGGAUACACUCCAUUUGCCAAUGGGCCCAGCGAUACACCGGAGGAGAUCCUGACCCGAAUCGGCAGUGGGAAGUUCACUCUCAGUGGGGGGAAUUGGAACACAGUUUCGGAAACAGCCAAGGACUUGGUGUCUAAGAUGCUCCACGUAGACCCUCACCAGCGCCUCACAGCCAAGCAGGUCCUGCAGCACCCGUGGAUCACCCAGAAAGAUAAGCUUCCCCAGAGCCAGCUGUCCCAUCAGGACCUGCAGCUUGUGAAGGGAGCCAUGGCCGCUACAUACUCUGCACUUAACAGCUCCAAACCCACCCCCCAGCUAAAGCCCAUCGAGUCAUCGAUCCUGGCCCAGCGGCGGGUGAGGAAGCUGCCAUCUACCACCCUGUGAGGCCACAGGGCAGUGCUAACUCCACGGAGGCAGCGUCUUUCCCAGAAGGGGCAAGCCUGAGUCCCAGGGCCAAAGUGAGCAGGAGCCCUGAGGGGCCCCGGGAAGCAGCCAGCCCAGAUCACCCCAGUGAGGGUGUGAAGUGCCUUCUCCUUCCCCAAGACGGACUCUUCCUGGCUCAGGCGCUGCGGGAUGACAGUCACUGUACAAACUCCUUUUUUUUUUUUUUUAAGGGAAAAAAAAUGGCAUCAACCACCAAUGGAUUAUUACAAGAUCCAUUUGCCUUUCUGGGAGCACAAAUAGCCAAUGCAACCACAGGAGGGACACUGAGUCACCCUGGGGCUCUCUAUGGCUAAGACUCCUUCUAGCAGCUUUGAGGCCCUGCUCUGGGAACCCCCACAGUUGGGCCUCAGGAGCCAUCGGCACACACCUCCAGUCAGCGCAGCGUCGCCUUGCAGGGCCAUGGGCUGUUUAGCAGGCCUCAACUCUGUUCCCCAGCCAGCUCCUUUUCCGUUCUGUUCCACUGAGGGUCUAGAACCACUUUCUGCUAGAGCAGAGGACCCUGCUCCUUCCGGCUCCCCGCUCCAAGCACCAGCAUUCACGUCGCCCACCAGUGGGCCCCUGCAGGCGGCCCAGAGAGGUGGACACCCACAGCACUUUCUGGCGGACUUGGGUCGUGUCCGCCACCCAACAGUUCACACACCAGGGGGACAGGUCACCAGGGGCAGAGGCUGUUUGCAUUUCUUCCUCAGCUGGAAACUCAGGGUUCAUCUGUCCAUGGCCUUUCUAAUAAACUUACAGCCGAAUCGAAGCACACUCGUC